GCCAGCUCCAAAAAGCGCACAGAUGCUCUGUGCGGGGUCGGCUAGUAUUGGCUGAGGCGCACCCAGGAAGAUUGGUCGCCGCGGUAGCGGCAGGCUUGGCCGCAGAGGCCAGAGGCAGCGGCAGGCCCAGUCGUGGAGGCAAGGCCCGGGGGGGAGUGGGGGGCAGAAGUGGCUGUGGGGAGGAGAUGCAGCUGGGCCUGGAAGUGGAGACUGGGACAGAAGGUGGAGGGGGAAGAGCUCUCCAGCAGUGUACCGAUGGUGAAGAAAGAAAUUAAGACUGAAGUCCUACACAUUCCUACUAGGAUAAAAUCCUACUGAAAUUUGAAUAAACAUGCAGAGCAUCUACUGAUCAUCUUUUGGGAAGAUUUCCUGUCUUCAUGUUGCUCUUUGGAGAAUAAGCAGAGGAAUGGUUAGCAAGCACAAGGAAUGCAAACAUCAGUAUUCUAACGGAGAGGCACCUGGAUGAGAAAACAGCUCAAAGUCUCUUCUGUAUUUUCAAACAGAUAAGCUUAAAAAAAUGAAUGUGAAUGUCUGGAAUAUCAAAGAUUUGUUUAGCACUCCCACAGUUAUCGGGCCCAAUAAACCACCCAGCGGGACCAGUGUUCCUAGUGAUUACAACAGUAUGAGUGAUUCUCAGUUUCUUUUUGGUUCCCAGUUCUGCCUGGAGAACUCACAGUCAGCAUCAGCCUCACUAGAAUCUGGUAUCCAAAGACAAGGCAAAAGCUCACAGCAAAAUUCUCAGGAUAAUGAGCCCAGCAUUUUUGCCAAGUACCAGUCUAAACCACAGCUCUUUGGAGGGGAUGGAAAAGAAAAAGGUUCACUUAAUUUUCCUCCUGGAAGAUUCAAAGGUGUCUUGGAGCAGUUUGAAGAGAAUAAGAAAAAGUUUCAGGAAAAACAUGACAGUGAGAUUUUAAACACCUUUAUUUUGGACACCAAAGAGAGUCUCCAAAGAUUGCAGUCCUCCUUGGAUAAGUUUGAAGAAACUCUGAAAUCAAUUUUGAAUGGCCUGAAAAACAUUUCCAAGACAAUGCAAGAAACCUCUGAGUCCUAUUAUGGAGCCGUAUUGAAUGCUCUGAGAGACAAACACGAAAUGGAGCAGACAUUAUUGAUGAUGGAGAAAAGACUGGGAGAUAAAGAUACAGAAAUCCCAGAUCUGAAAUCCAGCCUGCAGUUGCUCAAAGAGAGUCUGGAACAAUUAAGAGCUCAGCAGAAUGAGCAACAUCUAAAGCUCUGUGAACAGUUGGGCCUCUUGCAGCUUCCCGGUCUUUUGGCUGAAUUGCAGGCCUUCAUUUCUGCUCCCAGAAUAACAAGUCAUGUAAAAGACAAUGUUUCUCAGACCUCUCCAGACAUGCUGUUGGCCCAGCUACCUUACAAUUCCCACCAGAGUGUUUUAAAUGCAUCUCCUGGAAGUAAGGACAUUUCAACUGCUGUUGCCUCUCAAGGCAAAGAAAAUGUCAGCAUACAGCAGAGGAGCCAUAUUCUAGCCACAGGCCAUGAUGUUAUCAAUGCUCUUUGCACCUGCUGCUCUGGUACAGCUGUCCCUGCAGUCAGUCAUGAGGGAUGCUGGCUACUUAUCCAAGAACCAAGUGAAACCACACCAAGCAGGAAAGUGAUCAAGAGAGACAAGCAGGAGAAAGGGCUUAAUGCUAUGAGGCAUUCACAGCACUACCAGCCUGACAUUGACAAUGUGCCUCUGCAAAACCAUGUAGAUGGCCACAAGAAGCUGGCUACUGACAAGAAGAUGCAAAGUGGAAGUAUAGGAAUCAAGACAAAAAGGGAAAAGCCAAAAAAAUGCAACCAGAGGAAAAGACUUGGUUCCUCCAGGAAAGAAGGAAAUUUUUCAAAGUCUACCAAUGCGGGAGUGAAGCCAACAAUAACCAGAAAAGGAUGUUCUAGGUCAAAGAAGGCAGAACAUCCUUACAGAGGCACAAGGGAUCCAGAUAACUCUAGUUUGGGACCUCCCGUUGUCUGUCAGUCAAAAAAGUGCCAGGCUCCGCACAGGAAGGCAGAGAAAUCCAAAGUUGUGCUUCAGUCACAUGAAAACAUACAGCAUGUACCCAAUCUUCAGGGAAUGUCUGGAGUUAAAAAGAAGGUGGAUCUUUCCUGUACAAAAAACAAUUAUUUCUGGGCAUGCUCUUCUCCAGAGAGCUCUUUAUCCCCAGACCAGGUGAAAUGGUUCAUCCUUUCUAAUAACAGCUUACCCACCUGUGCCACACCAGCUCAGCAGAAGACUACAAAAUGUUGCCCAUUAUUUUUUGAUAGUGAUUAUUCUGAUUAAAAAUGUUUUGUACAUGCUGGAUUUCUGCCAGCACAAGAAUUGGCUCGCAAGCCUAGAGAUGCCAGCAGAACAAGAGAGUGCAAGCAGUCCUCAGAGAUAUUGGAGUCCCCCGCCUCUGCUAAAAAGGCAGUGCAGAGAGGGUUGAGGGUUGAGGCCCUUGGCAACAAGAUGAACUGCCUUGUGCGGGGCUGCAGGGGAAGUGGGGGCAGGGGCAGCCUGGAAACUGGACAGAGCACUGCUAGCAGACAGUGCCGCCUUCCUGGUUUCCAGGUUCUCCGACUACAGAUGCCUGCAAGGCAUCCCACAUCAGUGGUGAGGGGCUCUCAACCCUCAGCAGUGCCUUUUUGGUAGAGUCAGCUGCAGCCGCACCAGAGCUGCUUGCACUAAGUCUCUCAUUCUGGCAUCACUGUGUAUGUGAGCCUUUGUAUAUACUUGCCUUUAUGAAGUACUGACAGAAGCACUGAAUAGCACAAUCAGCAAUACUCAAAAAGCAUUACUCAGAAGCAUCAUGAGGUAUUCAUACAACUCUGGGCAAAUUGAUGCACUCCUACUCCUGGUUUCUUCUUUUUAUUUAUUUCUUUGGCCUAUUCAGACAAUCCUUACUGGGAAGAAAUCUCAACUCAGGAAGAGUCUUGGAUUUUUGCAUGCCCUUCCACAUCUCCUCACCUUGGAGAGAAAGUUACAGUUGAUCCAAGCAGUACCUCAUUUGUGUGAAUAUGAUACCUCCCUAAAUCUGCCCUCUGCCCAGAUCCAUCCCUGAAAAGAAUGAUUAUUUUUUUUGUCAUAGCAUAUAGGAAAUACUGUGGUCAAAUAAAUGAAAUCCAUCUUAGACCAGACUUCACUUUGUCCCCAUGUUGAGGAAAAGAGGAGGGUUGUGAAAGUGUUAUUUAAUUGAAAUUUCUCCUCUAGUUAGCAGUGUCAGAUAAGGCCACUUGCUAUCCUUCUUCUCGCACAGAGGAAUAUCAUUUUACCCCAAAUUAUUGUUAUGUUUGUUAUGCACAAAGAGGCUGUAAUUGUUUACUUCAGCUUGGGGAACACUGAUAGUGUGGUUCUGGAUACAGGAACAAAGUAAAAUAUGUAGUUGCUUUAUUUCAGAUGUGUCUAUUUGAAAUGUGUUAAUUAAGCAGGUCUAAUAAAAGUCUUGUAGAAUCUGG